AGCACGACAUCAUCUGUCAGCAAGAUGAAGUUUGAGAAUGUGCUUGCAGAGGUUAAUGGCUUUGGCAGAUUUCAGAUAAGGAUACUUCUCUUGCUGGUCAUUCCUCGGGUGACUUUGCCAUUUCACUUCCUGCUUAAUAACUUCAUCACAGUGAUUCCUUCUCACCACUGCAACAUCAGUUCGCUAGACGAUGAAGAAAGAUUCAGGAAUUUAUCUCUUGAAGACAAGCUCGUUGCUAGUAUUCCUUUACAGAGUGAUGGGAGCCCAAGCUUAUGUCAGAUGUUUGCAGAGCCUCAGUACCACCUGCUGUAUAACUCUACCAACAUCACAGAACUACCUACAAUUACAUGCCAGAACGGUUGGGUUUAUGACCACAGCAUCUUUAAAUCGACUCUCGCCACUGAGUGGGACCUGGUUUGUGAAAAGAGAAGUGUGAACAGAGCUACAGCCACCAUCUUCUUCAUGGGGGUCAUGGUUGGAGCAGCAGUUUUUGGCUAUCUUAGUGACAGGUUUGGACGAAAAAGAACACUUCUGGUGUCCUACAUAAUGACCACCAUCUUUGGUUUUGCAAGUGCUUUCUCUUAUAAUUUUGCCAUGUUUGCUGCCAUGAGAUUUUUCACUGGAUUUGGGAUUUCUGGAAUCAGUAUAGUCUCCAUUGUUCUAUGUGUGGAAUGGGUCGAAAUCAAGCAUCGUACCUCGGUGGGAGUCUUAAUGAGUUUGGACUGGAGUUUCUCAACGAUUCUGUUGCCCGGUGUGGCCUACUUUGUGAACGACUGGAGAUACCUGACAGCCACUGUGACCAGCCCACUGCUGUUGGCUAUAAUCUGUUGGUGGUGGCUCCCAGAGUCUGCCAGAUGGUUGAUAAGUAAUGGAAAAGUGAAUGGUGCUCAUUUUUACUUGACUAAGUGUGCAAAAUUCAACCGCAGAGAGGAGUUCAUGGCUGACCUAAAGCCUGAGAUUCUAUCCAAAGUAAUACUUGUUGAGGAUGAAAAUAGAAAAUACUCAUAUGUGGACCUUGUGAAGACUCCCAGAAUGAGACGACUCGCGCUACUAACUGGCAUUGUUUGGUUUGGCGUGGCCUGCAUCUAUUAUGGAAUCAGCUUAAAUGUUCCUGGGUUUGGAGUGGACAUUUAUCUCACGCAAUUCAUCUAUGGCAUCACCGAAGUCCCAGCAAAAGUCUUCAUUGUUUUCUUUUUGAACAAAUUAGGCCGAAGAUUGACUCAGGCUGGAACACUUGCUCUCACAGGGUUGUGUUUGUUCUGCAACAUUUUCAUCCCUCAGAAUUUGUGGACAGCAAGGACAGUUUUUGGAGCUUUAGGCAAGAUGUUUGCAGAAGCUGCUUUUACAACUGUGUUCCUGUACACAACAGAGCUUUAUCCGACUGUCAUGAGGCAAAACGGACUUGGUUUCAGCUCUUUCAUGGCUCGCAUUGGUGUGUCUCUAUCACCCCUGGUGAUGAUUCUUGAGGACAUCUGGUCUUACCUACCAAAUAUCAUUUUUACAUUGGUGGCUUGCGUUGCAGCUCUGUCAGCUUCUUUUCUUCCUGAGACACUAAACGUCCGUCUCCCAGAAACCAUCGAAGACAUUGAACAGACAAGAAGACGAUCAAUACCGAUGUCUGACGAGAAAGCGACUCUGUGAAGAAUUAUCUGCAAAGUUAAUCUGCUAUGCUAACACUACUCUGUUGUUUGACAAAAUGCUUUGAUGUCUUGAGCAGAACUUAUUUCUGUCUGACACUGAUUAGAGACAGUUAAGUAUGUCUCAGUCCGAUGCUAAAAUUAAGCAAUUGUCAUGUAUAUCCUUGAAGAAUCUAUGACUUUAAAAUAAAAUUACACAUUAAAUGGUGUACAUUAGUAUUGUAACUGUGUCCUCUUAAACUUAUUCACUGACAACAUUGAGACUGCUGGAGCCUCCUGAUGGGAAAAUAAUUAGUCAUAUCAGGAAUGUGUGCAUGUCAGCCUUUUGUUUACAGGGGCUUAUUAAAACCUGAUCAGACGGUGCCAAUUACAAUUUCUUGCAUUGCAAUCCAUCCUAGUGUUUGGAUGUCAACUACUGCUUUACAUGAAAAUAAA